AUGCCGGCCAAGCUCAGCAUCAACGAUGUGGAUGUCGCUGGAAAGCGAGUCUUCAUGAGGGUGGACUUCAACGUGCCACAGGACUGCUGGGACAAGGCCGACCCUACCAAGAUCACCAACACUCAGCGCAUUGAUGGUGCCCUGCCCACUAUCAAGAAGGUGCUGGAGAAGGGUGCCAAGUCUGUCGUCCUGGCCUCCCACCUUGGACGACCCGAUGGCUCCGUCGUCUCGAAGUACUCCUUGGCGCCAGUGGCCAAGAUCCUGGAGGAGAAGCUGGGCAAGCCAGUCACGUUCUGCACCGACUGCGUGGGGCCGGAGGUAGAGGCCACCUGCGCAGACCCCGCGGCCGGCAGCGUGAUCCUCCUGGAGAACCUGCGCUUCCACGUCGAAGAGGAGGGUAAGGGAGUCGACCCGGAGGGCAACAAGAUCAAGGCCGAGAAGGACAAGGUCACGGCCUUCCGCGCAUCCAUCAGGAAACUGGCAGACAUCUACUGCAACGAUGCCUUCGGAACGGCGCACCGUGCUCACAGCUCCAUGGUGGGAGAGGGUUUCGACGUGAAGUGCGCGGGCGAUCUCAUGGGCAAGGAGCUCGAGGCAUUCGCCAAGGUGUUGGACAACCCGGCAAAGCCUGUGCUGGCCAUCCUUGGUGGGGCGAAGGUCAGCGACAAGAUCCAGCUCAUCAUGAACAUGUUGGACAAGGUGAACAAGAUGAUCAUUGGCGGUGGCAUGGCCUACACCUUCCUGAAGAUCAAGGACAGCAUGGCGAUUGGAACUUCGCUUUACGAUGAGGAAGGUGCCAAGAUCGUUCCCGAGAUCCUGGCCAAGGCGGAGAAGCUUGGCGUGGAGAUCAUCCUCCCUGUCGAUUUCACCUGCUCCUCGAAAUUCGGUGAGGAUGGCGAGAUCAAGGAAGGUGUGACCAAGGAUGCUGGCAUCCCAGACGGCUUCAUGGGCUUGGAUUGCGGCCCCAAGUCGAUCGAGCUGAAUGCCAAGGCUGUGGCGGAGUCCAAGACCAUCAUCUGGAACGGUCCGAUGGGCGUCUUCGAGAUGUCGAAGUUCGAGAUCGGCACCAAGAGCCUUAUGGAUGCUGUGGUGGCGGCUACCGGAGCAGGUGUGAUCACUGUCAUUGGCGGUGGCGACACUGCCACGGCUUGCAAGAAGUACGGAACCGAGGACAAGGUCACCCACUGCAGCACUGGCGGCGGAGCCUCUUUGGAGCUUUUGGAGGGCAAGGAACUCCCAGGUGUGGCCGCCCUGAACGACAAGUAG